UGAAUAUACACCACCACACUCGAGUUUCAGUUUCAAAGAACACACCUGUUCAGGCUCUCGCCCGCAUGGAUUUUUUCAACAGGAUCUGGUUGAGAAACCAGGACCUUGCUGCACUGAGGGAUGCACUGUGCAGAAUAAACUGAACCUGGAAACAAAGUGACACUUUUUUUUUUUUUUUGAUCAAAGAGACUCAUCCUGUCCAGCCAUGAGUCUGGUGGAUUUCCGGUCACUCACCCAGCCUGUGGGCAUGAUGCGAAUAAUGGCGGCCAUCCUCACUUGUAUGUCUUUUAGCCUGGUUGCAUCAGCGGGACAUGUCCAAUCUCCCUACUGGGCGUGGUGCAUGUUCACCUGGGUCUUCUGCUUCUUCUUCACCCUUCUUAUCCUCAUCCUGGAGUUCACAACUGUUAGCGCCAAGUUACCUUUCGCCUGGGAGGACUUCACUACUGCCUUUGCCAUGCUGGCAUGCCUCAUGUGCCUGACCACCUCCAUCAUCUACCCCUCCUUUUUCACCUGUGGGAACUGCCACCGCCAGAUCGGUGCGUCGGUGGUGUCCUGGGUCUGUUUUGGGGUGUAUGCGUGCGAGGUAGUCCUAACACGCCUUCACCCAAGUGGACAGAACAUUGGGUUUCUUUCUACAUUGCCCGGCAUGAUGAAGAUGCUGGAGACCUUCAUCGCCUGUCUCAUCUUCACGUCCCUGGAGAGCAGCCAGUUCAGAACCCCAGGACUGCGGUGGUGCGUGGCCGUGUACUCAUUGUGUUUCAUCUUUUCCAUUGUCAUAAUCCUGCUCACCAUUGGACAGCUGACCUCUUCUUUUCCAUUCUCCUUUGACAAGCUGGUGAUCGUCUAUAACAUUUUGGCAGCAGUGAUGUAUGCGACAGCCAUGGUGAUCUGGCCACUGUAUAGUUUCCCCUCCAACAAAAGACCCGCUAACUGUGGCCACCAUUGUCCCUGGGAUAAACUGGUUGUGGUCACCUUCAUGACGAUCAUCAACUUUAUUGUUUACACCCUGGACACUGUGUACUCUAUACGCCUUGUGUUCUUUGUCAGUAACCAAUGAAGCUGCUGUGAACAGACAGGUUUUGGAUAGGGAAUCUUUUUUAUAUAUAGUGCCAGUAGGCCAUUUUGUAAAUGUAAACCAUUUUCUUUAAAAAAAGACUUAUUUUGUUUUUAUUUUAGACAUGAUGGAGAUGCAGCAUAUAUCCUGCAAAUGCUGGUCAUCAAAAAAAGAAGUAUAGUUAAUGAUUAAAAAUGCAAUAUCACUGUCAUAAAAAUAAGAAAUAACCUGGUAGAACUUUGGAUCCUGAUUCACACAGUGAUCAAACAGUGCAGAUAAUAAUACCAAGCUCUUACUUGAGUUUAUUACACUGUGUCAUAUAGUCAAAUUAUGCCAGAAGUGAAUCUAUGUUGUAAAUGUGUUUCCAUAUUAAUGAUUCUUAUCUUUUCACUUGUCAGUGCUAGAACCUACCAACUGAGGAAUAGUUUGACAUUAUGGAAAAUACACCUUCUUCACUGUCUUGCUGAAUGAUAUGAGAAGAAUGAUGUCUCGCUUAGGUUGCAGGAAAUGCAGUACAUGGCUGGAGCCAGCAGCUGGUUAGCUUAGCAUAACACAAGCUGAGCUCAGUCUGAAGCAAACGCAAUCUGCUCACUAGUUAACACAUUAUAUAUUGUUUUUUUAGUCUGUGCAAAAAUGGAAGCUUUAAAAAAGUUGUGGUUUUAUGGGAAUUGUAAUUGCUUGGCACUGCCCACUGAGUUUUAAAGCUGCUGGUGCAGGUGGAUUUUGCUAGCUGUUUCCCCCUGUUUCCAGUCUUUAUACUAAGCUAAGCUAACAAGAUGAUGGCUGUAGCUUUGUUUUUACCAUACAGGCAAGAAAAGAAGUAAGAAUAUUUCCAAAAAUGUUAAACUAUUCCAGACUCAGAGUUUUGUCAGUGAGAUUUGGCUAAGAUAUGACAAUUCAUUCUUGUUUUUCAUACAGACAUAAAGUUAGCGCCUUAGUCAUGGCUCAGUUAUGAAAUCCUUCCACACUGCAUCUGUAUCUCUCCUGCUGGGCUGACAGCUGACAGCUGCUUUUAACUCACCAUAACACCAGGAGGUUGAAUCAGGGUCUUUUAGACAGAUGCAUCGCAUCAUCGAAUAUUAGGGGGCAGCCUGACUAUUCCUUUAAUCCUAGUUGCAUAAAAAUUCUAUCCACUGCCUUUUGUGAUAAACUAAUUAGUGCAUUAACAAAAGAUAAAUGUAGUGAAUGCAGAACAUAUACAAUAACAGGCAAACAGAGGAGCCAAUGAAAGAUGAGAUGGGAUGGGAAGAGAGGGAACAAGAGAGAGAAAACAUGGGCGGGGAGACUGAUGAGAUAGAGGCCGGGACAGAGAGAGAGGAGAGAGACAGCAAGACAUUUCCAGACUUUGGAAGGAUGCGUGGGAAAAGUGGAAAAGCAAAUCCUUUAAUCAAUAAGAAGCUGCUGCAUAUGGAGUUGGAUUUGUUGCAAGGUGUUGUCUUUCUUAUUUACCUUCUUUUCUUUCUCAGUUAUGUGGUGGGCAUAGGGGUAGGGGCUAGAAAGUCAAUUACGUCUUUUCUUUUUUUAACCAAUUGGAAACUUAAAAGGACAUCACCUAAGUCUUACUUGUAAUCCUACAGCUAUUGUGCUACCUGGUACAGCAAUCUGUGUGAGUGAACUCAGGUCAAAUAGAAUAACUGAAGCGUGGAAUCUUUGCUUUUGUUCUCAUGUCAGUCUGUCAGAGAGACAGGCCAUGUUUAAGUCAGAAGCCUAUUUGUGUCAGAUGAGGCAGCAAAUUGCAGACAGUAGGGUCUGCUUUGAUUUGGAUUAUACUGGGGACAAAAAUGCAUUCAACUGUAGGUGCACUGUCUCAUCCAUUCGAGGUGAAAAAUUCUUCCUAAAACUUAACUAUAGAAAUAGUGCCAUGUCAAACUGCAUAGCAGCUUCUCUAGCAUACAGUACAUUAUACUUUCAUUAUAUAUACUUUACAUAUUAUUAUAAAUGUAUAUGAACCAUUGCAUUUUUUUACUUUAAUUCACUGUCACUAUUAUAUCCACUGUUCAAAACCACUGUAACCAUUAGCUGAUGUUCUAAAAGCCUUGCUAACAUGCAUUUCAGAAAGGCUCUAACAAUGGGAAGUGCUGUCUACGAAACAUAAUCAACAUUCCCCCAACUGCGGCACACUGUGUUAUCUGAACACUGACCAAUGGAAAACUAGUGUGGGCACUGGUUGACAAUGACAAUCAUUAACUAGUAUCAGUGGAGAAAAGAAACUUUGGUUCUAUCAUUACCUGUAAUUCAAACUGAAUACAUUAUGGUAAUUAAUGUAAAGCAGUAAUGCUGAAACUUUUCUUGGUAACACUUCACUUGAACCCCUCUAUUUAGCAUUUAUAACAGUAUAAAAACAUUUAAUGGUUUAUAACACACUAUAACACAGUUGUGCACAGCUAUUAAAUAUAUACUGCUUAUAAAUGCUAAACAGUAGGAGGACUUAAAGUGUUGUGCGUUUCUUUUUUAUAUUUUAAGCCAAGUCAAGUAAAAUGUAUUAAAAUGAGCUGUAAAUUUGUUUUACCUGUAACUUGAUCUUGAUUGUCAAGAUUCACGUUGUUUUACAAGUUUUUAAAUACAAUCUUUUUCAUCUUUUGUUCAGUAAUGCA